UAUUUUAAGAAAAAAGGAAGGAAAAAGCAAAGCCGUCUUCCUGGUAAAGAUAGUCUUGGCCAUUUCAACCAGCUGGGUGUCUGUGGAAUUGGAAAUCGAAGCCUACGCAUAAUCACAGUCUCUCUGCAUCAAUGGCUUCCUCCAAAUGGCUGAGGCCUGAGGUUUAUCCGCUUUUCGCAGCUGUUGGGGUUGCCAUUGGAAUAUGUGGCUUUCAGUUGGUGCGCAAUAUCUGUAUCAACCCUGAAGUCAGGGUGAGCAAGGAGACUAGGGCUGCUGGAGUUUUGGAGAAUUUCGCGGAAGGAGAGAAGUACGCUGAGCAUGCCAUCAGAAAAUUCGCCCGCAACAGGUCUCCAGAAAUCAUGCCUGCCAUCAACAGCUUCUUCACAGACCCAAGUCGAAGCUAAACUUCUUUAAAUAAUAGGAGUGAAAUCAUAAGUCUGUGAUAUGGGCUCUGCUAGGAGAUCUUUAUUAAUUGGAAGUUUGUGAUAAAUCUGCCUGUAGUCGAUGUGGUUUCUUUGGAAAACUAAAAACUCUGGGUGGAUAAUAAUGUGAACAUGAAUGGAUUUAGUCUGUAUAAGAUCAACUAAAUGUCUCUGUCUUUGAAAUGGCAGUGAGUUUGAACAAAA